AUGCCGUACCACAGGGCCAAUCACGCAACUUGGACUGCUUUCAUAACUGAUGAAAGGCCUUUAGGCAUGUACCACCCUUCAGUUGUUUCCCAGAAACGGAGCAAGAACUGUUUGCGGAUCUUUCUAGGUUUUCUGUUUACACCAACUGAAGUCUGCUAUGGAAAGUACGGCUGCUUUAAGCCACAACCCGGUACAAAUGCGUGGCUCGUAUUUUUGCCAGAAAAACCGUCCGUUAUUAGAACAUCGUUCCACAUGUUCACCAAGUAUGGUUCUGGGGUUGUUAAUGAUAUCAAUGAAGGUAAACUGACAGCUCCUAAGUUCGAUAUCUCACGGCGGACGAUAUUUGUCAUCCAUGGCUAUACUGCAAAUAUAGAUUCUUACCCCUCAAGUAUAAAGGAUGCCUUGCUGGAUCGUGAAGACUGCAAUGUGGUUUUGGUUGAUUGGUCUCACGGAGCCGGGUUUCCUUAUGCGCAGGCGGCUGGAAACAUUCGGCUUGUCGGUGCUCAGGUGGCAGAACUUAUAAGGUUCCUGAUUUCCAGCUCCUCCGGUUCCCCAGAUUUUGCCCAGCGAUUCUACAUUGUGGGAUUUAGCCUUGGAGCUCAAGCCGCAGGAUAUGCUGGGAGCUAUCUGAAGGAUCUUGGAAUCACCCUUGGUCGCAUAACUGGUAGGUUUUGUUUAGAUCCAGCUGGACCACUUUUUCGUGAAAAUGACGUUAGCUUCCGAUUGGAUCCUGGUGACGCUAAGUAUGUUGAUGUGAUACAUACCAGUACGGCAGGCAUAGGGGCAGACCAAACGAACGGACAUUCGGAGUUUUUUCCAAAUGGUGGCUUAGAGCAGCCCGGUUGCGACAGCUUACUCAGACAGCAUCAACAAUUGCAAUCUCACAAGCCACUGCGAAUUUCAUUUGACACAGGUACGAUCUGCGACCAUUUGAGGGCUCCAGCAUACUACAUCGCAUCAAUACAAAACCGAUGCUCCUGGAAAGCGUUUCCAUGCAAGAAUUACCGAAAAUUUGAGAAAGGCAAGUGCUGGGAGUGUAAUGGUGAGUGUCCCACUAUGGGGUACGGUGCAGACGACACUAAUCGGCUUGGGAACUUCUAUCUGAAAACAAACAGUGAAGCUCCGUUCUGCGGUGAGUGAGCUUCUUGUUGUCUUAGAGAUAAUGUUUUGCCUCCUUUGCUCACCUGCAUAUUUGAUGGUCUCCUUU